AGAAGUGAUAGAAAUAAUAGACGAGAGGGGCAGAUGAGACAGAAGGGCGGAACCUAUAAAUUGUAGGGGCGGUGUUUUCCUGGAUUAUGGGCGGAGUUAAGUAAACCUCUGCUUCUGUGAUUGCUGAGGAAGCGUUGAUUAAACGGUGGGCGUGGCAAUAGUUGAGAAUGGGCGGAGCUCUCACCAUCCACUGACAGUAGCUGCUGUGAUUGCCUCACCGCCAUGGUUGAGGUUCCGCUGUGAGGAGCGGGAAUGGGGGCAGACUCGGGGCCGUGGCGCCUGGCCCGUUAUCUGCGGGACCCCAAUCACGUGGCUCGCUUCCAGCGGCUAUGCGGGGUGCUGAGCUGCGCGGGUCACCAGACUAAUGGGGCGUGCGGGGAAACUAACGGUACCGCUGGGAACCGCAGCAAGAAGUCGCAGCGCCGGAACUCUUUAACGGGCGAGACAGGCCAAGACUUCACCGUCCGCCGCCCUUUUCUCUAUUACUUGUUUGUGCUCGGCACCGAGCUGGGGAACGAGCUUUUCUACAUCUCAUUCUUCCCCUUCUGGAUAUGGAAUGUGGACGCGUUCGUGGGCCGGCGGCUGAUCAUCGUGUGGGUGUGGGUCAUGUACCUGGGUCAGUGCACCAAGGACCUGAUCCGCUGGCCGCGCCCGUCCUCCCCACCCGUGCUCAAGCUGGAAGUCUUCUAUAACUCCGAGUACAGCAUGCCCAGCACCCACGCCAUGUCCGGCACCGCUAUCCCUCUGUCCCUGCUGCUGCUCACCUACGGACGCUGGCAGUUUCCAUUUGCCUUGGGGCUGCUGCUCGCUGUAUGCUGGUGUUCCUUGGUGUGCCUUAGUCGUGUCUAUAUGGGAAUGCAUUCCAUUCUGGAUGUUAUUGCUGGUGUCUUAUAUGCAAUUCUUAUUUUAAUUGUCUUCCAUCCUGCUCUGGAUGUCAUUGACACAUUCAAUCUAACCUACAAAUACUCUCCUCUGAUCAUCAUAAGCCUUCACCUAGCAAUGGGCAUCUUUUCCUUUACGCUUGAUACCUGGAGCACUUCCCGUGGUGACACUGCUCAGAUCCUUGGCAGUGGCGCUGGCAUCGCAUGUGGGUCACAUGUUAAUUACAUGUUAGGUCUCCUGUCAGACACGCCUCCUGAAGCGCUACCUUUCACAACUCCGCCUAUCACUGUGACUCUGUUGGGAAAAGCCAUGCUACGCUUUUUAAUCGGAGUUGUGGUUCUGUUACUAAUAAGAGCAGCUAUGAAGAAGAUCUGCAUCCCUCUAGCCUGCAAGGUUUUUGGUAUUCCGUGUGAUGAUCUACGAAAGGCCAGACAGCGCAUGGAAGUCGAGCUGCCUUACCGUUACAUUACAUAUGGAGUGGUGGGAUUUGGCGCCAUGUUUAUAGUUCCUUUCCUCUUUACAUGGAUUGGUCUCCUUUGAUGGAGAUAUGUGUUUGGGUAAAACAAUAAAGCCGGAUGCAAGAGGUUUAUAAAGAGGGCUUGGUACAAUGUGGUGGAUUUUAUUUUUCCUUGACUGAUUUUAUUUUCGAAACCACUCCCUGCCAGCCUGGACCUUUUGUUCUAGUUUAUGCAAAUGCUUGCUGAAGCCCAGUAUAUUUAUCUAAUGCUUCAACGGGCAGAAUUUAUUGGACCAAAUUGGCUAUAAAACCAUUUAUUACAUUAUUGCUAAGAUUAUUGAGCUUUAGUUUUAAUCUAAAACCAAUUUAUUAUAUAUAUAUUUUUCAGAUUUUGGUACUAAAUUAAGUUGCUUUAUAAAUGUGCCUUUAUUUUGCUAAACUCACACGCCAUGUAUACUGUGAUGUAAGGAAGUAUACAAAGCCGAAUGUGCUCCAGAGAUUAGAUCUAGACAUGUUGUCAUGAAUUCUUCUUUAUAUUUGUAAAGUUAUACAAAUCGCAGAGCUUAUAUCUAGUAGAGAAAAGUUUUAUCCAUAUUUUUGGAUACUUAUCAACUGGUUUUAUUUAUUGGUUCAUUCAUUGUAUUUCCUAAUGGGAUUGAGACUCCAUUUAAUAGAAUAUAAAGUGUAGCAGUGAUCAGCGCUGGUAACUAAUUUAAUGGACAAUUCUGUUUCAGAAUAUAUCACAGUGGUGUGCAUCACGUGCACGUAUACGGUACGUUAAAAAAAAAUAUAUGAACCUGCCAUUUUGGAGAAAUUUGGGAACGAUUACCACAAUGGUAAAGAACCACUAGAAGCUUAAUGUGUUUUUAUGUAACCACUUGACUGUCGGAGGAAAUAGCAGUGUAUUGGAGCUGUCCUUGGCAGAUGAGGGGUUAUGUUUACAGCCUUAGUUUUCUGUUUUUAUUUGUGUGUUUUUUUUUUGUUUUUAAUCAGUUUUAUUUAAAUGUAAAAAAAAUUCUGUUUGGUAAAAAUAAUAAUCUUAAAGCUUGAAUGAUUUUCAUUUAAAACAUACCAUAAAGAGCUACAUUAUUAAUGUACUGGAUCUGUUUUAACGUGUGUAAAUGGUGUCUUUUUUAGACUGUACACAGGGGGCUAUGGUUGGCGCUUUCAUAAAGAGUAAAUGCAUCCUGCACGCUGACACUGUGUGAGAUGCGUGUAUUGUGAACGCUUAGGUAUGCGUUAACUGUAGGCGGAACAUAAUGCGUACUUUGUCAGGAGAUUCUAUGGUCUUACAAAUGUAGUCAUUUUGUAUUAAAAUAUCCUUAACAUUUGUUAUUCAAAAUAGAACUAACAACCUGAAUGAGUUUUUUUAACAAAUCAAUACAAAAUCAGUUCAUUUACAUUUCUCUAUUUUUAAAUAUAGAAUUUCAAAGAA